AUUGUGGUCCAGCCCCCCCACAGCCGUGGGGCGAGCUCGGCGCCCAAUCCCCGCUCACAUUCACGCCUUCCGGCGAGUGGCUUCUGGAGCACUGUGGUAUCUGAGACCGUUAGUUCUUCGCGGCCUGCCUACUUUAAGAAGUAGCUGAACAAGUAGGAUGUCUCGGAUUGUUCAGCUUCCAGUGCCCUGUCCUGUUCAGCUUGGUUCCUUAAGAAAUGACUCCUUGGAAGCUCAGCUUCACGAAUAUGUCAAACAAGGAAACUAUGUGAAAGUAAAGAAGAUACUUAAGAAAGGAAUUUAUGUUGAUGCAGUUAACUCCCUGGGCCAGACACCACUUUUCAUUGCAGCAUUGUUAGGCCUUAUGAAAUUAGUUGAUGUUCUGGUGGAUUAUGGAUCAGAUCCAAAUCACCGCUGCUUUGAUGGGAGCACCCCAGUGCACGCAGCAGCGUUUUCAGGCAACCAGUGGAUCCUCAGCAAACUGCUGGACGCAGGGGGAGACCUUCGACUGCACGACGAGAAGGGUCGCAACCCACAGACCUGGGCCCUGGCGGCAGGGAAGGAGCGCAGCACUGCAAUGGUGGAGUUCAUGCAGCGCUGUGCCGCGCAUAUGCAGGCCAUCAUCCAGGGUUUCUCCUAUGACCUCCUGAAGAAAAUCGACUCCCCUCAGCGGCUCGUCAGCAGCCUUCCCCGAUUUGGGGGCCUCAUGCCGGGAAGCCCUAAUGGUUCUCCUAAUCGACUGCUUAAAGCUGGAGUCAUUUCUGCCCAAAACAUCUACAGCUUCGGCUUUGGGAAGUUUUAUCUCACAGGGGGGACGCAGCUCGCCUAUCUAGGAUCCCUUCCUGUGAUUGGAGAAAAGGAAGUGAUCCAAGCUGACGACGAGCCCACCUUCUCUUUCUUCAGUGGCCCCUACAUGGUCAUGACCAACCUGGUGUGGAAUGGGAGCAGGGUCACGGUGAAGGAGCUGAAUCUCCCCACGCACCCACACUGCAGCAGGCUGCGGCUGGCCGACCUAUUAAUUGCUGAGCAGGAGCACAGCAGCAAGCUGCGGCACCCCCACCUGCUGCAGCUGAUGGCCGUGUGCCUGUCCCAGGACCUGGAGAAGACCCGCCUGGUAUACGAGCGCAUCACUGUGGGCACACUGUUCAGCGUCCUCCAUGAGCGGCGGGCCCAGUUCCCCGUGCUGCACAUGGAGGUGAUCGUGCACCUGCUGCUUCAGGUCUCAGAUGCCCUUAGAUACCUGCAUUCCCGAGGGUUUAUCCACCGCUCCCUCAGCUCAUACGCUGUCCACAUCGUCUCCACGGGGGAAGCGAGACUGACCAACCUGGAGUACAUGAUUGAAAGGCAGGAUGGAGGUGUACAUAGGGACCUGACUCAAGCACCCCUCCCCACCCAGCUGUACAACUGGGCUGCCCCGGAGGUGAUCUUACAGAAGGCAGCCACAGUGAAAUCAGACAUCUACAGCUUUUCUAUGAUCAUACAGGAGAUUUUAACAGACAACAUACCCUGGAAUGGCUUAGAUGGCUCAGUUAUUAAAGAAACCAUAGUCUUGGGAAAUUAUUUAGAAGCUGAUGUCAGGCUUCCAAAACCUUACUAUGAUAUUGUCAACUCAGGCAUCCAGAUCAAGUCAAAAGACCGAACUUUGAACCUUCAAGAUAUCCAGUAUAUUCUGAAGAAUGACUUAAAGGAUUUUAUUGAGGCCCAGAGAACUCAGCCAACUGGGAGUCCCAGGGUACAAAGUUAUGAACCCCACCCUGAUGCCAAUGUCUGUCUAGGACUUACUUCAGAAUAUGCAAAAGAGACUUCUGACUUGGAAAUAAAAGAACUGAAGGAAACAGCAGGCAGUCAGCGCCACUCACCAAGGAGUCACUCUUCUCCCAUUGAGAAAGCAACACCAGAUCCGCAGGCCCCAGAUCCAGGUCUGAUAGCCAAGGAGACUCAAAACCGAGACACUGCUUUUUUUGCUUGCUCUGGGGCAGAAGAGGCCAGGAGCCCCAGCCCAGGGCAGGCAAGCCUCUGCAGCUUUGAAAUCAAUGAAAUUUACUCAAGCUGCCUGGACAUGGGUGAUGACAAAGAAUGCCCAGGAACUGGCUCAGCUCUUGAGGAGGUUAGCUCAGACCAGAUAGAUGAACUGAAGUCCAUGGAAGAAGAGUUGGAUAAAAUGGAGAGAGAGGCAUGCUGUUUUUGCCAUGAAGAUGACAGCUCUUCGGAAGCUGGCACAGAGCACUCCUUUGAGGACUGGAACUGGCAAAAUGGUUCACUGAGUUCACCCAGUUUGUGUGAGCCAACCAGAGAAGCCAGGGGCAAUGUGAACAGUAGGUCCAUGACCGAAGAAUACAUCAGUAAGUGUGUGCUGAAUCUCAAGAUUGCACAGACGUUAAUGCACCAGAAUGCUGAUUUGCUGAGGAACACCCAACAGAAAAUAGACAAGCUUGAGAUGAUACAGAAGGAUCAGGAGGAGUGCAGGUCUUUGUGGGCUUCUUCAAGAGAGUUUACGCAUGUCUAUAACUCACUUUCAGCUCUGGGCCCCCCAGCUCUGAGCUAUAUUCCUCCUGUCAUGCAGCUGCCAGGAGGCCAGCAGCUGGACACUGGGGGCAAUUGCCUGAGCCCAGCUAGGUCUCCAAGAACAGUGAGAGACUUUCAAGGGGGAAAUUUUGGCAAAAGGUCCAGGAAGAGAAGUAGCUGUGGUUGUAAAGCUCUCAUCGAAGUCUCUGAAGAAAGCACUGGGGAUCAGGCAGAGAAGAACCAUCAGGUUUCGGAUCUUUGUGGCACUGGAAAACAGAGCGUGUGCGAACAGUUUCUGUCUAUGCAGGGAGCCAAGGGCAGCUUGGAAAGAAGCAGGAGCCAAAAUUCCAGCAGCCAGGGAAGGCCUAGAGAGUCCAGUGUCCGAGCCAAAGCAACACAGCUAAAUAGUGCACUCUUCACUGUGGCAGGUCACCCUCAGGGACCUCCUGUGUCAUCCAGCCUCUGCCAGAGCUCUACCAGGGUCGGUGUGGAAUCUGUGUCUUCUGAAAUCUAUAAUGCAAAGUCAAGACAUAAUGAAGAUGAUGGAGAGAUACACUUAAAAUGGGAAAUGGAGGUGAAAGAAAUGGCAGAGAAAGCAGCUACUGGGCAGCUGGUGGUACCUCCUUGGCAUUCUCAUAGUUGUUUGACUGUAGAGAAUGAGGCUGAAAACAAGCUGAAUCCCCUGCCCCUGCUCCCCAUCAAGGACCCAGAGAAUGCUGAUUGGCAGCCAGCAAUAGAUUACCCCAGAAAAAAUGAUGAAAAUGCCAAGUAUGACAAAAAGGACAACAGUGACCACAACAGUGACCAGAAUGGCAGACAAUUUGGGUCUCGAAGCUUAUUUUCAGUUGGAGAAAUUGGGAUAGGUAUCAGGCAUCUGUCGCUCAGGAAAAACGGGCAGCCAGAGCACAAUGAAGUCUUUCAAGCAAGUUCUGAGGCAUCUGCUCUCAUUGAGAAAUCUUGCAGUGAUCAAUCCGUGCAAUCAACUUGCUCACCAGAGUCUUCUGAGGAGAUAACAGAGGAAUUUUUAACUCCAGACCAUGAAUAUUUUUACUCCUUGACUGCACAAGAAAACUUAGCUCUAGAGGUAAAAUCACAGACCUCGAGUCCCAUAGAAGAGAAUUUUAAAGGAAUACAAGGUGAAGAAAAGUUCCCAGUGAGAAAAAGCCCUGGAAAGAAUGCUGAGGUUUCAACUCAGUCUCAGUUUCAACCUAUACGAAGUACUGAGGAUGAACAAGAGGAGACAUUGAAGGAGUCACCAAAGGAACUGAAAGAGAAAAACAUAUCAUUGACAGACAUUCAAGACCUAUCUAGUAUCUCCUGUGAACGAGAUGGUUCUUUUAAAGAAAUUUCAUGCAAAACACCCAAAAUAAAACAUGCACCUACUAGUGUCAGCACUCCGCUUAGCCCAGGAUCCAUUUCUUCAGCUGCCAGUAGGUACAAAGACUGCCUUGAAAGUAUCACACUUCAGGGUAAAACAGGAUCUACCUCCUUCUGUAACAGUCAAGAAUCGUUUCGAACUUGGUCUGAUAGAUAUAUAUCUGUUCGAGAGAAAGCUAAGAGUCUAGAUUCCCUUCUUAUGUCUUCCGAAACUUCCCCUUCAAGACUGACUGAUAAAAGGUUGUCUGCAUUUACCAGGACUGGUUCUUCUGUCAUUGCUAAAGCACCUGACACCUUAUUCCAUGCCACCCAGAAAAGGAGCUUGCCAAAAGAACUAGUAGAAGCCAUCUCACAGCAUCACAUUGAUGAACUACCGCCACCAUCCCAGGAGCUACUUGACGAAAUCGAGCACUUGAAGCAGCAGCAGGUCCCAUGCACUGUGUUGGGUGAGAACACAGCGAGUCAUCUGGACAUCUCGGCAAGAGAUCAAAGGCACUUAGAAGAACAAGAAACUAAAAGUAAGAGAGACGAUAGCAGUAUGCUUUGGACCAAAGAAACUCAGGAUUUAGAAGAAGAUACAGAGAGAGCUCACUCUACUCUUGACGAGGACCUGGAAAGAUGGCUGCAGCCACCUGAGGACAGCGUGGUGCCACAGGAUCUCCCCAAAGGCUCUGCAAGGGAGACAAGUAUCAAGGAACAAGAAAUUGGUGAAAAGAAGAGGAAAGAAGAAGCAAGCAUCAAGCCAGAAAGAAGGAAAUCAGAGAGCUUUUUAGGGACUUCUGAAGAAGAUGAACUAAAAUCCUGUUUUUGGAAGCGACUGGGUUGGUCUGAACCCUCCAGGAUAAUCGUGCUGGAUCAGAGUGACUUGUCAGACUGACCAGAAAUGGACCAGAAAUGGACUCGUGGCCUGGCUCGAGUGUCCUGGUUGUGAGGCCCUGUCCCCCCCUCGUCUGCUUCAGUCACCAUCAGGGCAAUGGUUUGAUCACUCACUCUGUGAUCAGCUGCCACAAUAGACAUAAAAACAUGGCCCAGUCUGUUUGCAGCACGUUUAGUCAUAUGUUUGCAGUCAGCUUUCUGGAAAAUGAAAGGUAGUUUUGACUGUAGUUUCUCACUGUGCCCAGAAUGGCCUUUGGUUUUGUUGAAACAGAUUUUCAAAAAACCUUAACUUCUGUUAUAUAAUAAAAUGUUUACUUUUAAUACCAGUUAAGUUUUCACUGUGUAAG